GCCAUCCGUCCAUUCACUAGCUCACUCCCAGUCUUCACUCGCUUGCACAGGCUGCCAUAGACCACCCUCGCUGCCUCCCAACACGGCCAUACUCCCCCCAGUACUUUAGCUUUCACCCUAGCCGUCCUUUCCCUGGCUCUUUCCAGAAACACGUCCCUUCAGCUGACCUCGAGAUUCCUCCACUUUCGCGAAUCAACUCUUUAUUUGCCCGCCUCAAGCCGUAUACCUCGGAAUACAGUCACUACGUUGGCGGUGUCUUGUCACCCAGAACGACACCAGUAGCGAAUGUCUUCACAAAAUCCUAUUCGCAGGAAACUUGUCAUAGUAGGCGAUGGUGCCUGCGGAAAGACGUCACUGUUAUGCUCGUUCGCAUUGGGCGAGUUCCCCAAGGAAUACCAACCAACCAUCUUUGAGAAUUACGUUGCGGAGAUUAGGUUAGAUGGCAAGCCCGUGCAACUGGCUCUCUGGGAUACCGCAGGACAGGAAGAGUACGAACGUCUACGGCCAAUGUCGUACUCCAAGUCGCACGUUAUCCUGAUCGCGUUCGCCAUCGACACACCAGACUCGCUGGACAACGUGACCGUCAAAUGGAUAGAAGAAGUCCGCUCAAUCUGUGGCCCACAAAUCCCCGUCAUCCUCGUAGGGUGCAAAUCAGACCUGCGACCGCCCAACUACUCUCCCCCAUCCUCGUCUUCCGACGCAUCAUCUCAACCAGGACAACCGGGACAAGGACAAUUCGUGACACGGGCCCAGGCUGAACGCGUGGCGCAGCUGAUUGGUGCUCGGGCGUACAAGGAGUGUUCGGCGCUGAAGAUUGAGGGAGUGGAUGAUGUGUUUGAGGCAGCGACGAGGGCGAGUAUGUUGAUGCGGGAGGGUGUGGGUGGGAGUGCGUAUUAUGCGCAUCAGAGGAAGAGGAGUGGGGAGGAGGGGUGGGAGGAUAAGGGAAGGGUUGGGAUUGCUCAUUCCAGGAGACUCGGAGAAGGCGUUGAUUGGGGAUUGGGACGUGUGAUCUGUGCUUGGAUUCAUGGACUGACGAUUUUUUUUCUCUUUGAUGUCUGUGUGUGACUUUACACCUGCUCUCUGUUCCAAUUCUUUUUUGUUAUCCUCUGUUUCUGUGCUUUUAUGAUCUACUUUUCCUUUUAUUCGCUUCACCUCACGCCCACGAUCAUUCCAUUCCAACGCCUUUCCCCCAACCAGCUCGUUAUACCAUCGACACCGCCUCCUCCCAUGGCCAUUCUCCAGCACUCUCGCAGUAAUGAUUCAACUACGCACAACACACAACCACCCUCGUUCUUUCGACAUUCUCCCCUCAUUCCCUGUUCCAUCAUCUCUUGUUUUUCUUUUUGAUCUCUCUCUUUGCUGCCGAUGGACAGACCGCUGCAUGCAUACAUACAAUCUCCACGAUAUCGAUCUCUCAAUACUCUCUACCCUCACGUAUAUAGCUCACAGUCACAGCAGAUUACUUGACGCGUUUUUUAUU